GGCGUGCUCUGCUGAUUCAUUUUCAUCACUGUCAACAUGGUGAUCAAAGUCUUUGUAGCCACAUCUUCGGGGUCUACAGCGAUCAAAAAGAAACAGCAAGAAGUAGUUGGGUUUUUAGAGGCCAAUAAGAUUGACUUUCAGCAAAUGGACAUAGCAGGUGAUGAAGACAACAGGAAAUGGAUGAGAGACAAUGUACCGGGUGAAAAAAAGCCUCAAAAUGGAAUUCCCCUCCCUCCACAGAUCUUCAACGAGGAGCGGUACUGUGGGGAUUUUGAAUCCUUUUUCUCUGCUAAAGAAGAGAAUAUUAUUUAUUCAUUCCUGGGUCUUGCUCCUCCUCCAGGCACAAAGGAGACUGAAAAGUCUGAUGCCACGGACGAAACUGAGGCACACACAGAAGACAAAGCUGAUGAAGGUGCUCAUGAAGAGGCUCAGUCUGCUCAGUCACCAUCAGAAGAUCAACAGGAAAGCAAGGAAGAACAUGCAGCAACAGAGGAAGAAGAAGAAAAGCAGGAAGAGGGAGAGGAAAAGGAAGAGGUGGAGGGCAAGAAGAGUCUUAGUACACUUCCCUAUGACACAUUCUUUCUUGAACAGGUUUUGAGGAAGCACAAGCUGGAGCAGCCCCGCCAAAGAAAAUAAACUCACUCUCUCAAGCAAACCAUCACUACCCUUCAUGCCUGUAGACUUACGAACAUAUAAAUACAUAAAAGAACAAAGA